CCAAAGUUAUCGCAUGAUGCUGGUUACUGCCAUGGAAGCAUAAAGUGCUUUCUUCAACGAAUCAGAAUCACACAAUUGUUACACAAAGAGAUAAGCCACAACCACAACACACAAACAGAGUGAAGAGAGGGAGAGGGAGAGGGGAGAGAGAAAAUGGUUCGUACGAUUUCAUCUUCGCCUCAACAAACUCUCUUCUCCACCUCUCUUUUCUCCAGCUCCGGCGGUUUCCCCUCUUCCAAUUUCUACAUCCGCCGCCCUUACACCUUCUCCGUAACUCCGGCGGCCAAAUUCCCGACCAGAGCCGUGAGCUUGGGCACGACCGAGCCGGAGAUCCGUUCGAAGAAUCCGACCCGAUCCGGAUUCGAUGUGGAAAACCUAACCACAUGGCUACUGAAGCAAGAACAAUCGGGGCAAAUCGACGCCGAACUCACCAUUGUCCUCUCCAGUAUCUCUCUGGCCUGCAAACAGAUCGCUUCGCUGCUGCAGAGAUCCAGUAUUAUCAAUCUCACCGGCGGCCAUGGUACCAUCAAUGUUCAAGGCGAAGACCAGAAGAAACUCGACGUCAUUUCCAAUGAGUUGUUUUGCAACUGCUUGAGAUCGAGUGGACGAACAGGGAUUAUAGCCUCUGAGGAAGAAGAUGUGCCAGUUGCAGUUGAAGAAACAUACUCUGGAAACUAUGUGGUUGUGUUUGAUCCCAUUGAUGGCUCUGCUAAUAUCGACACUGCUUUGACCACUGGUUCUAUUUUUGGGAUUUAUGCACCUGAUAAGCAAUGCCUCUUUGACAUUGAUGACGACUCUAUGCUUAAUCAAGAAGAACAAAAAUGCAUCAUGAAUGUAUGUCAACCAGGAAACAACCUAUUAGCAGCUGGCUACUGUCUCUAUUCAAGCUCAGUUGUCUUCACAAUCUCUAUUGGAAAAGGAGUUUUUGCCUUCACUUUAGACCCUACCUAUGGAGAAUUUGUGUUAACUCAUCCCAACAUCAAGAUCCCAAGCUUGGGAAAGAUCUACUCUUUCAAUGAAGGGAAUUACGAUCUAUGGGACGACAAGUUGAAGAAGUACAUCGAUCAUCUUCGAGAACCAACGUCCUCGGGCAAGCCUUACUCCGGACGCUACAUUGGUUGCCUGGUCGGCGAAAUCCAUAGAAUGUUGCUUGUUGGAGGUAUCUAUGGAAACCCUGCAAAUGUAAACAAUAAAAAUGGGAACCUUAGAUUGUUGUACGAGUGCGCGCCGAUGAGCUAUCUGAUCGAACAAGCGGGAGGGAAAGCGAUCGAUGGUCACAGGAGAAUUCUCGACAUCGAACCGACGAAGAUUCACCAGCGCUCACCCAUAUUCAUUGGAAGCUCAGAGGAAGUGGAGAAAUUGCAGAAGUUUUUGGCUUGAUUCUUUUGUAUUUCUCAAAUGUCUUUCUUCUCUAAAAAUCUCUCUUUUAAUUUCUCUCAUGGUAGGUAAUCUAAUAAGAUUAUUGCAGCAUAAAACUGAAUUUUUCCCAAACUCCAUUAUUUGUAUACACCAAUGCAAUGGUAGAAAUUGUUGUACAUCAUCUAUUAUUUAA